UCAUUCAGCUUAUUUAUUCAAGUAUUUAAAAAUGUCUUCUGAUGAAAAUGAAAGUGUUCAUUCUGAUGCGGAUUUGAAUGAGGAACCUGUUAAUUCUGACGAUAAUUUGUCUGGGGGUGAAGAAGAUACAACUCAAGAUACUAUUGAUGAUCAAGAAGAUGACAACAAUUUUGAAAAGGAAAGAUCGCUUAAGAGAAAGGCAAUUGCAUCCGACGAAGAAGAUGAGGAAGAACAGGAUGAGGGAAAUGUUGAAGAGGAUGAGGAUCUAAGUUUUCGAACACGUCGACCAAGAAAGAAAAGACAGCGCAGACCAAGGAAACGCCCAACAGCCCGUGAUUUUAUUCAAGACGACGUUGAGGUGGACGACGAUGAUGAAGACGAGGAUGACUAUGAUGGUGGAGAUGGUGAUGAACUUUUUGGUGUUGAUCCAAGUGAACGGGCUGAAGCUGAACGUUUCUUGAGAGAACAAGAAAAACUUAAGGAGAAGCGGCGGAAUAAAUACGCAGACAUGACAGAAGAAGAAAUGGAACGUUAUUUCCAAGAACGCCAUGCCGCUCAAGUAGCUACACAUCAAGGCGAACUUGAUGAAGAUGCUUAUGAUGAUAUUACUCAAAAUGGACUUUUACCUAGCACAAAAGACCCAAAUUUGUGGAUUGUUCGUUGCCGUCUUGGAGAAGAAAAAAAUACUUGUCUUCAAUUAAUGCGCAAAUUUCUCGCCUUUCAAAACACGGAAGAGCCUCUCCAAAUUAAAUCUGUUGUUGUAAAAGAAGGAUUGAAAGGAAUGAUUUAUAUUGAAGCUUUUAAAAAGGCACAUGUCGCUAAAGCUAUUGAAGGAAUUUCGGCUUUGAAUCAGUUUCAGAUAACGAUGGUUCCAAUAAAAGAAAUGGCUGAUACUUUACGUGUAGUUAAAGACACACCAACAUUAAAACCAGGCUCCUAUGUUCGACUUACUAGAGGAAUAUAUAAAGAUGAUUUGGCACAAGUUGAUUUGGUUGAUGUUGCACAAAAUAGAGUACAUUUGAAACUUGUACCCAGAAUUGAUUAUACACGUUUAAGAGGAGCUUUAAAAAAUCAGGAAGAAAAUCGUCCAUUAAGAAACAAAAGAAGACCAUUACCAGCACCUUUUGAUUUGGACCGAAUAAAAGCAAUAGGUGGAGAAGUAACCAAUGAUGGUGAUUUUUAUAUUUUUGAAAGCAGCCAUUAUAGACGUGGAUUUCUUUACAAAGCUUUUCCAAUGAAUUCAAUAAUAGUUGAUGGAGUUCGACCAUCACUUACGGAACUGGAGCAUUUUCAAGAUUCAGCGGAAGAUUUGAAAAAAGAAUUAGAAUCAACUCAUUUGCGAGAGAAAAAACAUAAUUUUUCACCUGGAGAUAAUGUUGAAGUAACUGAUGGUGAAUUGGCAAAUUUGAGAGGAAAAAUACAAAGUAUUGAUGGGGACAAAGUUGUUAUACUUCCAGAACAUGAAGAUUUGAAUGAACCUUUAACAUUAAAUGCUUAUGAAUUAAAAAAAUAUUUCAAAGCUGGAGAUCAUGUAAGAGUAAUUGGUGGACGUUACGAGGGGGAUACUGGUUUAAUUGUUAGAGUUGAAGAUAAAAUGGUUAUUUUGCUUUCUGAUUUGACAAUGAGCGAGAUGAAAAUUUUGCCAAAAGAUGUCCAAUUAUGUGCUGAAAUAGCAACCGGAGUUGAAAGAAUGGGUCAAUAUCAAUAUCAGGAUUUGGUUAUGCUUGAUAAGGAAACUGUUGGUGUUAUUGUUAGACUUGAAAGAGAACAUGUUGAAGUUUUGAAUAUGCAUGGAAAGGUUGUUCGAAUUAAUCCACAAACAAUUGAUUGUAAACGUGAAUCACGUUUUAUGAAAGCUUUGGAUUCACAAAAAAAUACUAUACAAGUUGGAGAUAUGGUUAAAGUUGUUGAUGGACCUUUUGCGCCAAGAAAAGAAUCUGAUGAAGAAAAACAAGGGGAACUUAAACAUUUAUAUCGUAACUGGGCAUUUGUUUAUUCACGUAAACAUUCAAUAAAUGGAGGAAUUUUUGUAUGUAAAGCCAAACAACUUCAAUUAAUUGGAGGAGCAAAAGCUUUGGAUUCUAUGCCUACUUCUGCUAUGGAUACUGCUGAUUUAUUAAAAAGUCCACAUCCUUUAGAAAGUCCCAGGCCAUUUGCGGGUGGAGGCGGAGGAGGUGGUGGAGGAUUUACGCCUGGACAUACUAGUGUGUCUGGUGGUGGAUCUGUUCGUGGUGGAGAUCAAGGAGGAGGGUUUAAUCGAGCAAAUAGUCAUAGCGGAGGAAGUGUUGCAACCGGAUCCAUUUUCACCGGAGCUGGUCGACAAACUGUCCGCAGAAAUAUGCAAAUUAUUGGUAAAACAGUUCGAGUUCGUUCAGGGCCAAUGAAAGGAUAUAUUGGUAUAGUAAAAGAUGCUACUGAUUCAACAGUAAAAGUAGAGCUGCACACAAUGCCAAAGACCGUAAAUUUCAAUAUUGACAAAGUUAUGGAAGUUGGUGGGGAUGUGCCAAGUGGUGUUAUGGAUGUUGGAGGAGCUGCGACUCCUGGAGCUGCUGGCGCUUUUGGCAGAACUCCAAUGUAUGGAGGAGCCCAAACUCCAAUGUAUGGUGGAGCAGCUACACCAAUGCAUGAUUCUUAUGGUUCCCGAACUCCUCAUUAUGGAUCAUCUACACCAGCUUACGAUGGUAGCCGAACACCUCGUCAAUCUAGUGCUUCUUGGGAUCCAACGGUUUCAAACACUCCUGCACAUUCUUCAGCCCACUUUGAUGAUGACGAAUUUGGCACAAGUGGAUUUGGUACGGGCGGAUUUGGUGGAGCUGCAACACCUGCUGGUUCUUCAGGCGGAGGGAAUCGAAUGACUCCUCGGAAUGAUACGUUCAAUGAAUAUGCUUCUUCACAGACUUCGUCUCCACACCCUUCAAGAACGCCAGUUGGAGCAUCUCCCGCCGGACCUCAAGAAAUUCCUGAUCACGAAUUAAAGAGUGGUUCUUGGUGUGGUGUUGAAAUGUGUGUAAAUGUUAGGAGGACAUUUUCUGAUGAAAGUUUCUUUGGACUUGAAGGAGCUAUUAGAACAGUAAAGAAUGACCACUGUCUUUGUUACUUUGCUGGAUUAAACGAUGAUGACCACGCUAUCGGCUUUGAGUUUUUACUUCCUGUUAAACCUGCUGAAGGAGACACGGCAAGAGUAAUUUACGGAAACCAUAAAGGAACUGAAGGAACAAUGAUUUCUGUUGAAGGAGAUGAAGGAGUAAUGCAAAGCACGGGAGGUGUACGACUUUUCCCAUUACCUAUUUUAUGUAAAAUGUAUUGA